AUUCUAGUACUUCGUUCUUGCCGUAGACAUGUCAACUGCAAAACCAAAUCGUAGUUGUUCAUUGUAAACAAUUUUACGACUGUCAGAUGUAUCAAUACUUUUCGUUGGACAAUAAUUUUCGAACAUCUAAAUCAAAAUGGAACAAAGAUACUUCAACAAUCCGUAUGAAGAGUUUAAAGGGCAGCCAGUUGAGGUGGAUGAAACUUAUGUGCGAAAUUUGAUAAAAACAUACGUACAACAAAUUGUGGAAAAUACACAAGGCGGAGACUCACGCGGUGAUUUGUAUGUUGGCGAUGCAGGCAUUGCAUUUAUGUUUUUACGUUUAUGUCAAACCAAUGAAUUGGUUCAGGAAACGUCAGCACGAGAAAAUGCUCAACUUUAUAUAAAUCGAGCCAAACGCAAUGCCAAACAAUAUUCACGUUCAAGAGAUGAACGUUGUGCCUUUUUAUGCGGUAAUGCUGGAAUAUAUGCCGUUUCUGCGGCCAUAUCCGAGCUCACUCAAAAGCCAGACACAUUACAACAAGACUUGAAAGACUUUGAACAAGGAUUCGAAGCGUGCAAACCGGUUAAUUACAGUAAGCAUGGCGGUGAUGAAUUGCUAGUGGGUCGUGCUGGUUUUUUGAGUGGUGUAUACUGGUUGAAUCAAACACUAAAGCCAAAACCAUUUUCAAGCGAAGCAAUCGUUGAAUUGUGCGAAUCAGUUGUGAAAAGCGGACGACAAUACUCGAAAGAACGGCGAAGUACAUUUCCAUUGAUGUAUCAAUAUCAUGGAACUGAAUAUCUGGGUGCUGCACAUGGUCUUAGUGGAAUUUUGCAUAUGUUAUUGGAGUCACCGUGGUUUAGUAUUGAUUCAUCUGGUGCGAUUCCAAUACCGAAAGACUAUGAGGCCGACAUCAAGGACACCAUCGAUGCAUUUUUGGCACUGCAAGAUAGCGAAGGAAAUUUCCCUUGUGAUAUGGAAGAUGCAUAUCACGGCAACGCCAACAGUUUACUGCACUGGUGUCAUGGAGCACCGGGUGCAAUUUAUCUGCUGAUCAAAGCGUAUCUCAUAUUCAAAGAAGAAAAGUAUUUGGUGGCAAGUGAACGUGCCGCCGAUUUGAUAUGGCAAAGAGGCUUAUUGUUCAAAGGACCGGGAAUAUGUCAUGGGGUGGCUGGGAAUGGAUAUGCUUCAUUAAUAAUGUACCGACUUACAAACAAUCCAAAAUAUUUGUAUCGAGCCACCAAAUUUGCAAAAUUUCUAUCACAACACGAGUUUGUAAGACAUGCCAGACGCCCGGAUUGCCCAUGGAGUCUAUACGAGGGAUUGGCUGGAACAGUUUGCUAUCUAAUUGAUCUACUUCAUCCGGCAACGGCAGCUUUUCCUUUUAUGAAUGUUUUCUAGAUUUAUUCAUUUUUUUAAAAUUUCUAUUGCAUAUUGACCAUUACAUGUCUUUUCAUCAAAAAUUAAUAAAAAAAAUCGCUUUCUAAAAAAU